AUGGUCACCGCCAAGACGCCGCAUCCACAACCAAGACCCUACAUCCACAACCAAGACCCUACAGCCACAACCAAGACCCUACAGCCACAACCAAGACCCUACAGCCACAACCAAGACCCUACAGUCACAACCAAGACCCUACAGCCACAACCAAGACUCUACAGCCACAACCAAGACCCUACAGUCACAACCAAGACCCUACAGCCACAACCAAGACCCUACAGCCACAACCAAGACCCUACAGCCACAACCAAGACCCUACAGCCACAACCAAGACCCUACAGCCACAACCAAGACCCUACAGCCACAACCAAGACCCUACAGCCACAACCAAGACCCUACAGUCACAACCAAGACCCUACAGCCACAACCAAGACCCUACAGCCACAACCAAACUGUCAAUCAUAA